AUGGAGGAUGAGCUAAAGGCGUUCGUUUUGCUUUCCGGAGGUCCUGCUUGCCUCAAGGAUAAGACACUAAUUCACCUCCUGGAAGGCAAUCAGAUCUGGUGCACAGUGACUGGUCACCUGCAAGGAGCCAACGAUGACUCAGAAGCAGUUUUUGUUGCAGACUCCCAAGGCCAUCAGUUCCCUCACCCUGUGACCCUACAGAACCUGAGAAUUGGCUAUGGGACACGCCAUGUCGGAGACCCCCUUAUCUUUGCGAUGAUGCAAAGAAAGAUCGACGUCACCGCGUUUAUCCAGCAAGUUCAGCAGCCAGAAGUCCCUCCGCCACAUGCCUAUCCUUCUGCGCCUUCCACUAGGACAUCCACUCCUUUUGCUGGCCUUGACCCAAACCAGACCCAAUGGCAAGCAGAAGAUUGGAGCAGAAAGAUGAGAAGUGAGGCGGAGAAACCUGCUGAAGGUCUUUUCGACAACAAUCUGUUCAGGGAGGCAAUCCGGAAGUUUGCAGAGAAAGGCCCAUUGACGGACUACAUGAGAUUGGUCCUGCAAGACUUUGCCGAGGAAGACCGAUCCUGGAAGUCUAAAGCAAGAGGUUACUUGGAGAUCUACGAAGAAUCCGAUCCUAAGGUGGCCAAAGAGAUGGCUGCUGUCCUCUUCCUUGCAAACCGGAUUCAUUUUGUAUCAGUGAGCUGCGAGUAUAUGGCCCAUCAGUUUGCUGCUGAGUCCAGAUCUAUCAUCAGGAAGUAUGGAAAGAGUGAGACCUGGACUUUGGACAUGAUCAACGAAAUGGAGUGUGCUAUAAGAGAGAAAUACUUCCAUUUCAAGUCGCUAGCUGAGAAGGAGGUUGCGAAGAAUGGAGCUAUCCCUGGAAGAAUAACCACAAAAGAACCUUCAACGGAAGAAAUGGAAGAGAGAAUGCCCCUGAAGAAGAGCAUCAAGAUGGCCAAGCUCGCAGAGGAAGAAGAAAGGCCCACAGUCUUUGAUGACGAACGAGAGAGCUUCGCCAAGUCAAAGGCUUCAGAAUUACCCCCCGAAAAGAUGAACGAAAGAAAAGGCGCUGAUGCCCGGCUUUGCGAGAACGAAGAAGCAGAAGAUCUCCUUUCUCUUCCGGAUUAUGAUGCCGACGAGAUUGAGAUAGAUCUCCGAUCUGAUCCGCUGGAAGACGCUGCUGAGUCUUCAGAGCUUCAGCGUAGCUCGCUAGCUCAACUUUGCACUGAAGAGAAUGUGAGCAACCUCCAAAUGCGGGAGCCUCUGGCCCCUGAUCCUACCUUCCUCAGAUCAGGAGUAGAGCAGGUCCUAGCAGAGUUGCAAGUUAUGGCUAAUGGCUCAGCGGUCAUUGACGAGCUAGCAGACGUUGAUUGGAUCCAAAACGUCAACUCCCACGUUCUCGACUCGGAAGAGUUUGUCGCCGGCUCCUUCAAUAGCCAUGCUGCGGCUUGGGAGAAGCUCACAGAGAGUUCUUCUAGAGCCUCAACGAAGACGGUCAUAGGCAUUAUCAAGAACGGCCUAAAACCGUCUUUUGUAGGGACUCAAGACGCUUCAGAUCAAAAGCGAAAGCGGGUGGUAGGAAUGCUCAGAAGAGUGGUGCGGAAGGAAGAGAUCUCGAAGCUCCUUUCAGGUCGGUUGCCGCACCAGAUCGAGUUUCCCAACCACAAGUCUGCAGAAGAUAACGCAGAAUUCGUCUGGGACCAGGUUCGCAACAACAUAGUCUCUGGAGCAGUCGAGCCCUACGCAAAAGGCAAGAAGCCUAAGGUCGUCAAUCCAGUCGGAGUCGUCUUCAACCCGAAAGGCAGGCUCAUCCUCGACGCUCAGUACCCCAACCUAGAGCAAUCCGUUCCAGUCUCAGGUUACAUCGACGACGGCUUCUCUGCCGACGAGGAGAAGGCGAAAUGCAGAUGGAUCUUGGUGCGAAUCCUUCGCCUCUUCUCGCACUUAGGAGCUCACUUCAGCCUGCCCAAGUGCCAGUUAGAGCCUCUCCAGAUAGCUGCGUGGCUGGGGUUCGUGGUCGAUUCGGUUGGCGAAACUUUCUCCAUCUCGGAGAAGAAGCUCGCCAAGAUCGAAGCAGCCUUGCUGAGCGUUAUUCAGUCUGACGUUAUCUCGGCGAGAGAUCUAGCCGAGAUGGCAGGGAAACUCGUUUCCGUAGCCCCCGCUGUCCUGCCGGCCUUGCUUUUCGUCAGGCCCUUGUUCGCAGCCAUGAAGGGCAAGGAAUCGUGGGAUGUGGCCUUCGAAAGCCCCGACGCAGUCAAGGAGACGGCGCGGCUGUUCUUGAUGAAACUUCGCGAGUGGAACGGCCGUAGAUGGUACUCGUACCCAGUAGGCCUCAGUUCCUCGUCAGACGCCUCAGAUGUAGGGUUCGGAGGCUUUGUAAGGAUGCCAGGCAAAGAACUGCUCGAAGUAGCAGGCACGUUUACUGCUGAAGAAGCUCAGCUCUCGAGCACUGCAAGGGAGCUUCUGGGUAUUCUUGCGACGCUCCAGACAGCCGUCCAAGAAUCGUCCGAUCGCCUGAGGUUCUCCACUUGCCUGAUCACGACCGACAACCUGGGGGCCUCGCAUGCGCUCAACAAGCUCAAGAGCUCAAGCCCUGAUGUGAACGCGGUCCUGCAAAAAUUCUUUGCGCUUUGCUGCGACCAGAAGAUCGACAUCAGAGCGGCUUGGAAACCACGAGAGGAGUUGGAAGCAGAAGAUCUUCUCAGCAGGCAGCCCGACGCCUCCGACUGGGGGAUCAGUCAAGCCGAGCUGUCAAAGAUCCUGCGGUUCUUCCAAGUUCAGAUCUCCGUGGACCUGUUUGCUUCCGACACGUGGCACACGGUAGCCAACUUCGUCUCGCUCAGAUACUCUCCAGGCUGCCUAGCAGCGAAUGCCCUGUUGCAAGACUGA